CAUCAUCAGCGCCUCGUGGGCCGGAGUGUAAACAAGCACACGUUGUCGCGCACAUCCCUCCGCGACCUGGCACAGGACAUCAAAGAUGGGCCGGCAGGGGAAUUUCCACGAGAAGCCAAAGAGGGGGCCAGGGAGGAAGGCCAAGAAGCAGAAGGAGCCCGUCUUCCCCAUCAACACAGCUGAUGAUGCUGAGCCCAAACAGCUGAGCAGACGGCAGCGAGUGCGGGCCAAGAAGAGAACACUGAAGGAGGAGAACAAGAAAGCCAACCCUCCCAAGAAGAUGAAGAAAACAAACACCAAACAAAAGGGGGGUGAGUUGGACAGCGAAGGCGAGCACCAGUUCAGUUCUGAUGACAUGGAGGAGCUGGAGCAGAGCGUGAAGCAGACGAAGAAAGACGAGGAAAAGCCCAAAGCUAAAUUCGCUCUUUUCGAGAAGGAUGACGAGGAUGAAGAAGAGGACGAAGCUGAAGGAAGUGAUGGUGAUGCUGAUAGUGAUGAGGAGAAGGAUGACUUUGGUGAAGGCUCGGAUGAUGACGACGAAGAUGAUGAUGACGAUGAUGAGGAUGAUGGUGAUAUUGAGAAAAUGUCAAAAAAGCUAGAGAAGAGGGAGAAGAAAAAAAUGGCUGAAGGGGACGCUUACCUAGACGAGGCUGCCGAGAAGAUUGGCGUCCAGAUCCCCAGCCUGGAGGAGGUGAUGAAGGAGGAUGAGGACAACCCUGACCUGCCUAACAUAAACGCACGCAUCAAGGACACGGCGUUCAUCUUGGCGGACUUCAGCAAGCGGAGGGAGGAGGGGAGGAGUCGCUCGGAGUACCUCUCCAUCUUCCUGAAGGACCUCUCCACCUACUACUCCUACAACACCUUCCUCAUGGAGAAGCUCCUUGACAUGUUCGGCCCAACAGAGCUCAUUGAAUUCCUAGAGGCCAACGAGCUGCCCAGACCAGUCACUGUGCGGACCAACACACUCAAGACGCGGCGCAAGGUCCUGGCGACGGCUCUCAUCGCGCGGGGUAUUGACGUGGAUGUGAUCACCUGGUCCAAGGUCGGCCUGAUCGUCAUGCGGACGCCGGGGAACGUCACGCUGGGAGCCACGCCGGAGUACCUCGCUGGCCACUACAUCCUGCAGGGAGCCUCCAGUUUCCUCCCAGUGAUGGCUCUUGCGCCCAAGGAGGGAGAGAAGGUCCUGGACAUGUGUGCAGCGCCGGGCGGCAAGUCAACACAUAUAGCGGCCAUCAUGCGCAAUACUGGGAUGAUCGUGUGCAAUGACAUCAACCGCGACCGUGUGAAGGCGCUGGUCGGCAACUUCCACCGCAUGGGCAUCACCAGUGCUGUCAUCACCUCUCACGACGGCCGGGCCUUCGCCAAGAUGAUGCCACGGGCUUUCGAUCGGGUGCUGCUGGACGCGCCCUGCUCCGGCACGGGCGUCAUCAGCAAGGACGAGCGCGUCAAGACCAGCAAGGACGUGAAGGACAUCCAGCGCUGCUCACACAUCCAGAAGGAGCUGCUGCUGUCCGCCAUUGAUUCUGUGCACAAGUUUGACGGCAAGAAUGGCUACAUUGUCUACUCCACCUGCUCCAUCUUGGCGGAGGAGAACGAGGCAGUGGUGGAGUACGCGCUGAAAAAGAGGAACGUCAAGAUUGUGCCGACGGGCCUGGACGUGGGCAAAUCGGGCUAUGUGAGGUACAGGCAACACAGGUUCCACCCCUCCAUGCAGCUGUGUAAGAGGGUCUAUCCCCACUCCUACAACAUGGAUGGCUUCUUCGUGGCCAAGCUGAAGAAGCUGAGCGAGGAGGUGCCCAAGACGGCGGAGAGUGAGGCAGGUGAGGAGGAGGAAGAGAGCUCAAACCAGACGUGAAUGUGAGCUCUGGUAGUAAAAAGAAUAUGUAUAGUUAGUGGUGUGUGUGUGUGUGUGUGUGUGUGAUAAUAGUAUGGUCUUAUUUUUGAUGGGAUGAGUGUGUGAUAAAAGAAUGUUAGUUAGUAAGUUGAGGAAGCUUCAAACCAGGACAGGAAAAAGGAAUGUGAAGUAAGUGACUGGGUGUGUAUGUGUGUGUGUGUGUGUGUGAUAUCGAUCGCUCUUGUAGUUUUUAUCUUGUUUUGUUGUUUUAAAGCAUGUAGAGUAAACAAUGGAUUAAGUGUGUGAUACUGUGUUAGUAAAUAUAAAAGAACCUUCACACCAUGUGUGUGUGUGAUAGUGUUCGUAAAUAAGAGAAGAUUCAAAACUAACAAUAUAAAAAAAAUGUACAGUAAAUGGCAAGAUAUGUGUGUGUGUAUGUGUGUAUGUGAUAUAAAAGGAGUAAUAUCAGGAUUUCCUCCCCCUCUUUUUUUUUCCGUCUUUUGAUGAUGUUUUCGACCACUUGUUACUCGGAUGUAAACGUACUUUCGUGUAAUCUUUUCUUGGUUAUUAUUUUUCAUUUCCAAGUCAAGGUAUUCCAUGUUAGCUCGCCUCCUCCAUUCUGUGUAGUAGUAGUAAGUAGUGUACGAUUCUUUAUUUUUCCUUCGUCGUCUUUGGUUUCGAUGAUGUCUCGGUCCUCUUACGCUGCGAUGGCAUAGAAUAAAAAAUUGUCUGUCAUUGGAAGAUUCGGCUCCAAAAUGAAAGUGGUAACUGUG